CAGAGAACCUCUUCCUCAACUGUACUCAAGGUUUUUUAUUUUCUGAAUUCAAUCUUCGCGCGCCACCCACUGCUUACAUAACGAGGUGAGCUUUCUUCUUCCUCUUCUUAUACGGCGCUCUUCCUGGCGGACGCAACCAUUUAUGCUUUCCUUUCAUGAGCUGCAAUGUUUUCCCCUUCGUAAUGUUUUGAUUGGACUGUUGUGAAGAUUGGGAAUUUGGAUUAGUAUAGAUGCCGACGGAGUCAAUCUUAAAACUUAAGCUGCGCAAGAAGCACAAGCUUGCACUCAGCACUUCUAAGAAAACUAGCAGGAGCGGGAAUGCUGAAAUUUCCUCGGACAAAGGUAAGUCUCAAGCGAGGGACAAUGGACCAAAGGGUGAUUCUAGAAAAAAGGGAAGAACUAAAGAAAGUCAAUCAGGUGAAGAUGGGCGUGAUGGGAAGUCUGGCGAGGGAGAAAAGCAGAGACCAUUGAGUUUAAAUUCAAGAAAGAAGAGAGUAUAUGCAAACGAGGAAACUGGACAAAAUGCGGAGUCAUACAAUGUUACAGAAGCAUCCAACAAGAAGGUUUUGUUAAAGAAAGGGGAGAAGAAGGUGAAAGAGGAAUACUUCUGCGAAGUAAAAAAUACGUCUACCAAAGGGAAGGUCAAGAAGGAACACGUUAAAUUACCAAAAUUUCAGCGGAGAGUUAAUGCAAAGGAGGAAGGUAAAAAGGAAUCUGUUACGACAGAUGGCAAUGGAUCUAGCUUCUCGAAAAAGCAUACGGAACAGAAAUCUGGCUUCAGCAAGGAUAAAAGAUCAAAUGUUGUGUCUCCUUCUAGUUCCACCAAGAAAAAAGCUCGAGGUAAAGCUAGGUUGGAUGAUGAUGUACAAAUAACAAAUGAGCAGCCAAAGAAGAGAAAAAGAGUAAUCAAGAUUGACCCGUAUGAUAUCUCAAACAAGCGACUAGAUGAUGGCAUUGUCAUUAGUGGAAUUACAGAAGAAAAGAAAGAGGAGCCUGAAGAAAACCCUGUGAUGUCCAAGAAUGCACAAUUUCGUGCAAUAAAACCCAGCCCUUCAAUCCUUUCCUUCGUGGAAAAUAAUCUGUUGGGGCGGAGGCGCAUGAUUGAGAUAAAGAGAGCAGGCUACAAUAUUGAUCUUUCUGCACCCUUAGAUAAUGUCCCCUUCUCAACCAGCUCAGAAAGAGAGAGAAUAGAAGACAGCGUAUUUAGGAAUAAAUUGGAAUUUUUUGCUGCUGCGAAGAUCUCGUCAUCAUUUCCAGCUCCAAAUCUUCCUGAAAUUGCAUUCGCUGGAAGGUCAAAUGUUGGGAAGUCCUCUCUUCUUAAUGCACUCACUAGACAAUGGGGGGUUGUAAGGACAUCAGACAAGCCUGGCCUUACUCAGACCAUUAAUUUCUUUAAGCUAGGAACGAAGCUUUGCUUAGUGGAUUUGCCAGGAUAUGGAUUUGCAUAUGCGAAAGAAGAAGUGAAAGAAGCAUGGGAAGAGCUUGUGAAGGAGUAUGUUUCCACGAGAGUUGGCCUUAAACGAGUAUGCCUAUUAAUUGAUACAAAAUGGGGUAUGAAGCCAAGGGAUCACGAACUCAUUGACUUGAUGGAAAGAUACCAAACUAAAUACCAGAUUGUACUAACUAAAACAGAUAUGGUAUUCCCAAUUGAUGUGGCACGUCGAGCCAUGCAAAUUGAAGAGAGCCUCAAGGAGAACAAGUCUGUAGUUCAGCCUACGAUGAUGGCAAGUUCAAAAUCUGGAGCAGGCAUUCGAACUUUAAGAACAGUUCUCUCAAAGAUAACACGAGUUGCCAAACUCUAA